GCGUCCAUCGUUGCAUCAGUUCGUCCUUGACAGUCUCUUUUGUUUUGUGUUCGUAUUCUCUCGCUGUGUUUAAUUCGUUACUUAAUUCGUCGCGGCUACUUGUAUACGUGCGGGCGAGUAGCUACUCGCGUGUGUAUACGCUUAGGACGCGCGGUGAAAUAGACCACAAAUCGGAAGUGAAAAGAAGCCGCGGGUUGUGUCAAUACGACGAUACGCGUCUUGCGCGACGCAAAACAUUGCGACAGCGAUAACUUCGAGCAAAAAGAUACAUAUAUAUAUAUACAUACAUAUAUAUAUAUAUAUAUAUACACACACAUAUAGAUAGAAAGAGAAGAAAACAGAGCGAGAUAAGAAUCGUGAAAGAAUGGCUGAGAUUGACGCGAAAGUGAACAUGUCGCUUGGUAAGUGUGGCCAGUGUUAUUCCCAACAGUCUACUACUAACCACGGUUUUGCCAGUAAGAGAAAAUUCUGGACGAAUUGAGCCCAUACGACCCGCAACCGUUGUCCCCUUAAUUGGCACGACCAACGACAAAAUGGCGUUGUGACGUCGUGCGUACCGUGCCUGCAUGUCUGUACGUAUACGUGCGUGUGAACAUGCGCGCGUAGAGUACCUGCAUUUAUUUUCGCAAUUUUUAAUCUGUCCGCAUGGCGAUUCACUUCGUCGUCGUCCUUCUUCGAAGGUAACCAGAGGGCAAUACGAGUCGAACAACCGUAACUUUUUCCGCAACUUGAGCGUGAUCGAUCAGCACAUUGUGCAAGGGACGAAAUAUUAAUGUUUUUGAUAAUAAAAAAGGAGAAGGUGAAGAAGAGGGGGUGAAAUACGCCUCGAACUGGCUGAUUCGCACGCUGUUUCUCGUUAAUUCGUAAUUACUUCUAAUUGUGCUGCAUUACAUUGUCUAUGAUUACGUCAUGAUUUCCUUGGAGGAGCCAAGAAGAAGAAGGGAUUCGAGUAGGAUGAAUAGAAUACGGGAAGCUAGACAGGAACUAGUCUGAUCAUUCGCGAUGAUUAACAUCUAAUAAUGUUAUUUAUGGGAAUGAAGAAGAACAGAAGUAUCCAUAAAGUUCGCAAGUAAAGUCAACAGACGGCUCGGAUACAGCACGAGGAAGAAGAGAUUCUGUGCGUCACCUUAAAUUUACUGCUAAACAAUUAGGCCCACUGGUGAAUUACACUUAUUACGUCAGCAGGACAGCAACAUCUAAGAAUGAUGAAAAUAUUCAGAAGCACGUCGACGGAAAAUUCAAGAAAAUUACGGAGGAACGAGGCGGGAACUUUCCGUCCGCCGUAGAUAAUUGCACUUUGCAGUAAUGACCUUGCUCUUUCUAUCGCUGUGAGAGAGAAGUUUAACAAAACCUUUGACAAAGCACAGGAGCCGAAAACCGACGAGAGUUUCGAGCACGAGAAUCUACGCAAGAACGUCAUAUCUACUCAUCUUCAUUUACAAGACAGAAAAUUAAAAUCGCCGGGGCAACUUGAGAUACUGAUGGAUGUUGUCAUAAAAUUAUUAUAAAAUAAAUAAUUCACACACACACAGGCAUCCAGACGAUUGGAAGAAACAGUGAAACAUAGCAAGUCGAGAACUUGCACUGGGAAGAUGUUGCACAACCAAGUCAACAAAAUACAAAAAAAAGGUUGAUUUCCAUGCAAGCGGUCGCAUUGAGAUUGCAAAAUUUCGUCUUCACUUCGGCUGAUUCCCCUGCGACAAAGAGAAACGGCGCAUUGUCGCAUUACAAAAUUAGGUCCUCCGACAAUGUGCCAUAUAUCGCCUUCAUCUCACACUGUUUCAUCGUGAGAAACCCGGACGCCGAGGGGAAGGGAAGUUGCCAAACGUGUCCGUCGUCGCACGAACGUGACUCAUCCUCUUCGUGAAAAUCACUCAACGUCGCGCGUGGGAGAUAAACGAGGUUUGCAUAACGUCGCUCGCGUCGGCCCGUAUUUUUACACGACGACGACAACGUCGCUUUUUUUGCCCGGCGAGCGAGCAGGCAACGCAAUUACGCAAAUACGAGAAAUGGGACACCGUCGUUGGCGAUAUGAUUUCCUGUGCAGUAAUAGAAUUUCGCUGUUGAUGCAGUCCGGAUAUCACCACGAGUAAGCGAAUCCUCGACAAGCGGAUCAACCGAGACGCAUGGAUAAGUGGCGAUCAAGCUAGAUUCGAGCUAAAUUAUUUGUGAAUUCAAUCCUGUCUCUUCGACCCGCAGCGAACGCAAGGUUCGAGAUCAAUUCCACUUUCCACAUGUGUUGGCGAAAUAUUUGCUCGCGGUGUCAGAGAAAAUGCAGGUACUCAGUAUGCGGAACGCAAGCUGCAAGCACACCGAUGUCGCCGGCGUCUUCCAGCGGGUAGAUAUCUUCUCAGGGGAGAAACAUACUUGUUCGAGUGUCGAUGUCGUGUACGAUCACGUGUUUCUUCCGAACAGCUUUUGAAGCGCGACUGCGGAGGAGUAAUAACGUAUGAAGAGAAAGCGUCGGUUAUGCGCGAUGAAGAUACGGUUCAUGAGAGAAUGAUAGGAAGCGAACAUUUUCCAAUUUGAGGAGCGAUGUGAUGGCGAAUAAGCCGAAGACGACGUGAUGAUGAUGAUAUAUGAAGCAGCGACAGGCGAUGAACACGAUUAUCGUUGGACAUGUAAAGAAAAAAUCAAUGGACGUUGAGAAUCCCAAAUUCGACCACAGAGAUCAUUGCACGCAUUAAGUCUUUGGAUUGUUAUUCUAUGAAGGCACUUCCUUUCAUUGAAAUCGAAGAUGGAUAUUCGUUUGAUUUCUCAUUCUAAAUCUAUCGCUUUCCGAUUUACUCCAGAUGUUAUCUCAAUUUAAAUGACCAUUAAAAAUAUUAUAUGCAGGGUGAACCCACGCAUCGUGAUCAGCUUAGUUUAUUCUGCUGUCAAUAGACCGCUUGAACAUUUUUUUGCUUGAUAUAACGGUUCAGGGUGAGCUUUGAGAUAACCUUAAGCUCCUUGAGCCACGUUAUACUAGACAAGAGAAUUUUCAAGCGGUCUGUUGACAGCAGAAUAAACUGAGCUGAUCACGUUGCGCGGUUUAUCCUGUGUAUUAUAUCCUUUUUAAUAAUUAUAUGAUGUACUUUUUUAGAUUGAUGAAAGUUCAUUCAAUGUACGCGUAUGUGAUUUAUCUUUUGUGAUCUCAACUUUUUCAGGAUUAAAUUCUUCUCAAUUCAAUCUCUAACAAGCGAUUAUCCAUUAAUUUCGCGUGACGUGUCCCGUUGGUUCUCGUUGUAACAAAUUGAAAGACGUACUCUCGGAUGUAAGAGAAUAUAUCCACGAAGGGAUCGCACAUCCGAUGUACCGCCUACAGGAGAAUUUUUACAGGCGAAACGUCGUUGGGAUCGCAAUAUCACGGACGUACUGAUAUUUUCCACGUCGACCUGUCGAGUAUAACGUGUGAUGAGAUCAUAAAGAUGGAGAAAAAGGAGAAAAAGAAAAAGGCCGGGGCGAUCAGCGGGAAGACCGGCGGCGCCAAGCGCAACCGCGGUAACAGUGCGCGCGGCCGGACCGGAUUUCGAGGAAGAGGAAGCGCGAGAGUCAAGCGCAAUGUCGGAACUGCCGCGAAGAAGCAACAGACUUGGCAGCGCGGUGCGGCGAAUAACAAUAACAUGCGCGGCGGCUUCGCGAAGAAUCGCUACAAGAAGAACCUCGUGAAAUCACGAAGCAAUCUGAGCCUGAAUCAGAAGGUGGGCAACGCAAGAGGAGGUGGUGGCGGUGCUGCGUUCAACGUGCGUCGUGGCAGAGGCGGCAACAGAUUCGGCCUGACGCGCAGCAGGAGCCGCACGAACCUGACGUUCAAUCAGGGCGGCUUCUUCACGAGCAACAAGAACAGCCCGCUGCUGAAGAGGACCAGCAGCCUGCCGAAUCUGCGCGACCCGACCUCGGUGCACAGCCGACUGGGGUAUCAGAGCCCCGCUCAGAUAGCCUACCGCAAUCGUGUGAAGCGAGCGAAGCAGCUGUUGUUGCAGCGGCAGAAUCAGAGAUUGAGCUUGCAGAAUCAAUUCAGAUUGGCACAAACUGAGAAGGUUCUACUUUCGAUGCAACCAAGGACUCUAGAACGAAGGCAACAAAUAUUAACGUCGCAACGUCGCUUCACAACCGGUGGAUUGCGAUCUGACCAGAUUGCUCGUGCACAGAGACGCGCGCAAUACGAACAAAAAAUACAAAGGAUGAAUUCCGCUCUGCUGACUCCCAGUCCAAAUGUCAACUUUAUGUGUACACUAGGAAGUGAGUAUACACCUACGGUGCGUCAACGGCCCUUCAACCUCGCGCAGAAUCGACACACUGCGACUAUCGGUAGUCCACGACAGAUGUCCAGAGGACGAUCGCCAUACAGACAAAGCACACAAGGAUUAAAUAUGGUGGGUCUGUCACCGUUGUUUGGCCGAGCACGCUCGCGAUCAAGAUCGCGAUCUCGCUCGCGUACACACAACACCGCCGCGUCGGAUUCCAGCGGAGAGGUCGACGAUCGCACCUUCAGCGAAGUCAUGUACAGCCUGUCGGGAAAUCUUGGUGUUACCGGGCGAACCCUAAACGAUCGGUUUAGUUUUUAAGGGACAUCCCUGAAAGUUAAAUUUUAAAUUUAUAUUUACCUGGAAAAGAGAGAAAGAGGGGGGGGGGGGGGUUAAGAGAACGGAAANUUAAUUUUUAUGCUUUAACAGACUUAAACGACAAAAACAUUGUGUUCUUUUCCUACAUUACGACGAUGAAAACAUUAAAAUGAAUAAAUCGCUAACAACUAAUACAUUUACAUGAAACGCAUAUUAGCAGAUAUUUUUUUCAUUUUGUUUCUAACGCAUUGCAUAGAUUUAUUUGAGGCUAUCAUCUAUCUCCUUCGCAAUGUUAACGUGUGUGUAAAAUAUUUCUAGAAAGAAUAAGCACAGGAGGUUAUUAUGUAUUUUCGAGAUUCAUGAUGCAUAUUCUAUUUAGUACGCACAUUAUGUGCGAAUACAGCGAUACUCGUGAAAGCCUCAUUUAUAGCAAUUAAGGAGAUAUUGUUUUUAUCUUCUGUGUGCAUUAAUACGAUAAAAUCUUCAGUAUUUUUUAAUUACUGGCUAUAAUGCGAUAUUACAUUUAUCUGCCUAUGACUAUGAAAUAUAGAAGACAAGUAGAGGAGAUAUAAAUUAUUUAAAUAUAGCAAAUCUCAGAGCGAUGAAUUUAUGAAAUUAUGGUAUUUAGUGGAAAAAUAAGCCGCACCUUAAUAAUGUUACACGCGUUGAGCGUGUAAUGAAAUGUGUGUAAAAUGAUACACAUUUGAGAGAGAGACUGCAUAUCUUUCAAGUCUACCUUUGUUCGUUUUAAGAAAUGUACAAAUCUCAACUACUAGUUUUCUUAAUCUCUAUUGAUAAAGACUACGAGUGCAGAUUACAAAUUAUAAUUAUGUUUUAGAUACUAUUGAAAUAAAUGCGAAAUUAGCAUAUAUUUUCGCAUAACACGUAACUAAUACAUGCAACUAACAUCCACCUUAUAUUAGUAGGAAUUGUGGUUUUUUUUUUAUUUAUAGACUAAAAAACUUGAUGCAAUAACAACAAUACGGACUACAGUCAAAUAUGGAGGUUUAAUCAAUUUUUGUUGUGAAUCUUGAUUCAGUUUACUGUUAAGGCUGUCUAUAUUUUGUAGCAUCUAGAUAUACUCGCAUCAAAGCAACCUCGUUGUGUAAUAUAUGAAUGAAAACUUAAGCUCGAAUUUAUAUUGUAUUAUGGUGAUACACAAUGUGCAGCAUGUGUACUCUAUAUAUCUGAGAAAUAAACAAAUAGAUUGCAACCUUCUUUCGCAAUAAACAGUGAAAACACUCA